GUGAAGCAACCAAGAGAGUACGAUAGACAGACAUGCGUUCUGAAUGUGGAUAGUGUGCAUGCUGAGAGCGAGUUGGUGUCGAUAAAGGGACUGAACGAGGAGGGCGUAUCACUGCACAGAAGACAGCACCACCAUGCUGCAUCAAAAGAUAUCACAAAGUAA